GUCCCUAGAACCGCAGCUGGAGAACUUCGAACUGCCAUGGAGCGGUCGCCGCCCGCCGCCGCCGCCGAGGACGACUUUGACUCCUUCCUGGAGAAGUUCCAGAGUCAGCCUUACCGCGGCGGCUUCCACGAGGACCAGUGGGAGGAGGAAUUUGACAAGAUUCCCCUAUUUAUGAAGAAAGCACCAUCGGAAAUUGAUCCCAAAGAGAAUCCUGACUUGGCUUGUCUCCAGUCAAUUAUAUAUGAUGAGGAGCGAUCUCCAGAAGAACAAGCCAAGACCUAUAAAGAUGAAGGUAAUGACUACUUUAAAGAAAAAGACUAUAAGAAAGCUGUGAUUUCAUACACUGAAGGAUUAAAGAAGAAAUGUGCAGAUCCUGAUUUGAAUGCUGUCCUUUACACAAACCGGGCAGCAGCUCAGUACUAUCUUGGUAAUUUUCGUUCUGCUCUUAGUGAUGUGACAGCUGCCAGGAAGCUAAAACCCAGCCACCUCAAAGCCAUAAUAAGAGGUGCCCUGUGCCAUCUGGAAUUGAAACACUUUGCUGAGGCUGUGAGCUGGUGUGAUGAAGGACUGCAAAUAGAUGCCAAGGAGAAGAAACUUAUAGAGAUGAGGUCUAAAGCAGACAAGUUGAGGCGGACUGAACAGAGGGAUGUGAGGAAAGCAAAACUGAAAGAAAAGAAGGAGCAGAAUCAGAAUGAGGCUUUGCUCCAGGCCAUCAAGGCUAGGAACAUCAAGCUCAUCUUUGAAGCUGCAGAUGAAGAUGAAGAUUCAGUCUCAAGUGGUCUGAGUGAGAAUCCUUACGGAGCCCGGCUAAGUCUAGAUGGCCAGGGCCGGCUGAGUUGGCCCGUGCUCUUCCUAUACCCAGAGUAUGCCCAGUCUGACUUCAUCUCUGCUUUUCACGAGGACUCCAGGUUUAUCGAUCAUUUAAUGAUGAUGUUUGGUGAAAUGCCCUCCUGGGACUCAGAGCGAAAAUACUGCCCUGAUCACUUGGAGGUAUACUUUGAGGAUGAGGACCGGGCAGAGCUGUACCAGGUGCCCCCCACGAGCACGCUGCUGCAGGUCUUGCAGCACCCCAGGUACUUUGUAAAAGCUCUGACACCAGCAUUUCUAGUCUGUGUAGGAGGCUCUAGUUUUUGUAAGAAUUACCUCCGGGGAAGAAAGGUGUGCAGGGUAAAGUGAUGGAGCCAGACCUCCUGGAUCUCCUUCCUCACCUUCCUCUGCGGAAAUCUAGCACACUUGAAGCUGCUGGACAUGCCACAAGCCCAGCCCUUUCUUUCUGUCAUCUUGAGGACACUCUCCUUUCUAGCCUUGUGCUGAAGGAGCUGUGACUUCCCUGAACUGUGUCCCCCUGGCCAAGUUAGUGACUCCAGCUGGUCAUUAUUCUCCUCUGUGGAUCCAGAGCCCUGGAUGGUGGUCAGGGCAUCCUUGAAGUCCAUUUCUGAAGGGGACCAUGUGCUGCAGUUCCCACAGCAGUUGGCUUUGGUACCACACUGGCCUGAAGAAACUGACUUGGAUCCAGUAACAUGGCUGUGCAAGAAGACACCCUCCAAGGCAGUAAACCCACUCUGCCUGGACUAAGACUGAGACACUAUGGCCAACGGUUGUUUGAGCAGCAUGGAGAGAGCUGCAUAGGGUGUUGUAGAUUCUGUGAAUAAAUGGGGUCAGAAAAGCCA